CUCCAGGGAUUGAAUCAAUUGAAUCUUGCACUUUUGGCUGUGCUUUAUGGCCAGAUCUAUCAUGUGACGAUCGCAUUAUAAUGCAGAGAGCGUGUGUUUGCCGUAUGGCUUGGGCCAUUGAUUGGCCAUCCAAUUUGCAUAUAUAAUUUAUCUGCAAUUGUUGUGACAUUUUGCCAGCCAACCAGCCCGACUGAUGAUUGCGCAAAGAGGCCUCUCCGACAGACAGGUUGCCGUUGCCGUGGGAACUUGUUAUGUGUGGAUGGUGACAAAUCUCAGUCUCUGACUCUCUCUCCAACUCACACGCUCUCUCUCUUUUUCUUCUCUGGGCAACUUUCACUGGCAGUUUUGUUUUGGCAGUGUUUCCUUAAUUAAGCCAUCUUAAUGGUUAACUGGGAGUCGGGGUUUCGGUGCCGCUAUCUGCCAGCAGACAAUGCCUUAAUCUGCCAGCUAGAUCCGAGUAUCUGGCCUGGUCUGGUCCCGGGGCGCACCUUCCCCCAAUUAAUGAAGCAACAGACUUCAUUUACCUACUUAAAGAGUAAAAGUUUGGCCCCAGCCUCGUGGCCUUUUGCUGACAAUUGCAGUCGAGAUGGAGCUGGAGACGAGGCAGAGAUUACUCCUAUUUCUAAAUGCCAUUUGGCAGACACUUAGCUGCCUCGCUGUUCCGCUGUUCCUUCCACUUGUCACGUUGGAGGCUGCUGCUUCUCAGUGGUGCCCCAGUGAUCUGCUUCUCUGGUGCUCCGAAGCUCUGCAGCUCUGUCCAUGCGGCGGUCGAGUGGGUCUCCAUGCCUCGCGCUCUCGGAAACCGGUUCGCCGGGCCCGCAAAUGAAAUCGCCAUCUAUUGGGGCUCCAUAUUUUCACGCCAGUCUGUGGUGAGCCGGGCCGAUACACGAUACAACCACGUCCACGUCCAGCAUCGCUCGAUAUGUCCAAUUUGUGCUAGAGCCAGCAAAUAUUUGAGAAAGUCUGCCCCCACACACACCCCACCCCAAGUUCGAUUUAGUUUCCUACUAUUACCAAAAUCACAAGAUUUUUCUUUAGAAAACCACAAGAGACACUACCUCCACGAUGGCGCAAAGAGACAAGCAGCCGCCGCCGCCAUCACCGCUGGUUCAGCCAAAGCCAAAGCCAAAAUAUGAACCGCGUCCGGUGGAGAAGGUUAAGGAUCCGAUCAUCUCCCAAAUCGGUGACUUCCGGCGCUAUCAGCUCUUCUUUUUCUUAAUCAUCGUGCUCUGCAAGUUCGGCAGCGGGUGGCACACCCUCGUCCACAUAUUUCUCGCCGCGCCCACGCCCCAAAAGUGCCUCACAGAGAAUGUCACGGAUGCCUGCAGCAAAGACUGCAAAAAUAUGGAGUUCGACACGAGCAUCUUCCAAACGACCAUCAUCACAGAGUGGAAUCUGACAUGUCGCAGGCACUCGCUGGCUAGCAUGUCGCAGUCCAUCGUGAUGACGGGGAUCAUGGUCGGAGGCAUGGCCUUUGGGAUGUUAGCGGAUGGAUGGGGCAGGCGGCCGGCCUUCUUGCUCUGCUGUUUCAUGCAGCUGGUCACGGGAUUGAUUGUCUGCGUUUCGCCGUACUUCUGGUUCUACUGCGUGUUCCGGUUUCUCGUUGCCGUCGCCACCGGCGGCACCAUGACCGUCAGCUUUGUGCUGAUAAUGGAGAUCAUCGGACCGAAGAAGCGGGAACUGAUCGGCAUCCUCUAUCAGAUCCCAUUCAACAUAGGGCACGCCUCGCUGGCACUGUUCGCCUACUAUAUCCGGACCUGGCGUUGGUUGCAGUUCAGUGUGACAAUAUUCUCGGCCAUCUUUGUGAUCUACAUCUGUCUCGUGCCAGAGUCGCCGCGCUGGCUCUUGACCACAGGUCGCGUCGACAAGAGUGUCAAGGUUCUGGAGCGGAUUGCCAGGCACAACCGUGCCCCGACAGAGACUAUCAAGCCGGAAAUAGAGGCUGCUUACCAGGCGAUGGCCAGCAAGCAGCCAACGAAGAAAGGUAACGUGCUGGACCUCUUCAGGACCCCGUACCUACGGCUGAAGACCAUCUUGAUGGCCAACAACUGGCUGGUGGUGUGCAUGGUCUACUACGGCGUUGCCCAGUACAUAGCCAAGCUGGGCGGCGACAUCUUUCUCAACGUAUUGAUCGCAGCCCUCCUGGGCAUUCCCGGGACGCUGCUUUGCGUGGUUCUGACCAAGUACCUGGGACGCAAGCUGACCUUGAUGCUCUCCAAUGGACUGAGUGCCAUCGGCCUGCUGCUGCUGGUCUUCCUAUACAAGUCGAAACAGUUAUACCAAGUGAUAUGCGCCACUGUGGGUCUCUUCGGGGCAUCCAUUACCUUCCCGAACGUUUACCUAUACGGGGCCGAGCUAUUCCCUACCGUGGUGCGGUCAAACGGCAUGGGGCUCUGCUCAAUGGUGGGCCGCAUUGGAGGUCUCGUUGCCCCCCUGAUCAACGAGUUGUCUUGGUAUGGGGCUUGGAUCACGCCCCUCAUUUUUGGAAUCGCCUCCAUACUGGCCGUGCUGGGGACGAUCUUCUUGCCGGAGACGCGGGGAAUGCCACUGCCGGAGACCCUCGAGGAUGGCGAAAAGUUUGGCCGCAAAGUGAAAACCUAACCAAAUACCGACUAACUCACACCAUUACCUGCUCUCAAAAAUUAAUAAAUUUCAUUUGAAUUAGA